UAUGUGUGGUCGCUAUAAUUUUCGAAUAAAAAGGUUGAACCUCAACACUUGACUUGUGAAUUGGGUGGGGUCAAUUAAUAUAUAUUAAUUAUAUAGUAGUAGCUGGCUAGUAGGAUUAUUUCUCUUCCAUAUGAAAUUUCUCUGAAGCUUCUUCUCAUACGUUGAUUUAUUAACUUUUUUCUAACACUUAUUAUUUCAUAUUAUUACUUUGUCUCUGCAAUAUGUAAGAAUUGUACAAAUAAUUAAUGAUGAAGAAAUGUAUGAACGACGUUGUUGGGAUUAUGGUAUUCGUUGUUUGUGUAAUAAUUAUCUUGUCAUCAAAUUUGGCGAUGUCGGAAAACUCAAAUAAUAAGGUUGUUGUGAGAGUAAAAGUGGGGGUGGUUGUGGACGGUAAGAGAAGGGCGGGAAGGAUGGGGCUGAAAUGCAUCAAAAUAGCUCUCUCUGACUUGUACCAAACUCAAACUCAUCAUCAUCAUCCUCAUUAUACCACCAGGCUGGUGCUUCAUACUACAGACUCCAAUUCCGAUGUCGUUGCUGCCGCUGCUGCAGCUGCUGAUCUUAUAAAAAACGUACAAGUCCAAGCCAUUAUAGGCCCAGAAACAUCAAGUGAGGCCAACUUUGUAGUUGAACUUGGAGAACAAGCUCAAGUCCCCAUAAUAUCAUAUUCAGCUUCGAGUCCAACUCUGAGCCGAAGCUCUUAUUUUUUUCGAGCCACUGAAAACCAAGUGUCCCAAGUAAAAGCCAUAAGUGCCCUAGUUGAAGCCUUUGGAUGGAAACAAGUGGUGCCAAUUUACUCAAACGACGAAUAUGGAGAAGGGCUAAUCCCCAUUUUGACCGAUGCCUUGUUAGAAGUCAACGCUCGUGUCCCUUACAGAAGUGUUAUUCCUCUUUCACCGACCGUUGACCAAAUUGCUGAAGAGCUUCACAAGUUGAUGAAUAUGGAAACUAGAGUGUUUAUUGUUCAUACAAACGACAUGUCGUUUGGAGCCAACAUUUUCACUAAAGCCGAAGAGAUUGGAAUGUUCAAAGAAGGCUAUGUUUGGAUUAUGACAAAUACCAUGACUAAUUUAAUUGGUACCAUGGCGCCUUCUGUGGUUUAUUCUAUGAAUGGAGUAUUGGGAAUAAAGACUUAUGUUCCUGAGUCAAAAGGGGUUACAGAUUUUAGAAAAAGGUGGAAAAUUGAAUUUAAAAACGAAGAUUUGAAUGUUUUUGGAUUAUGGGCUUAUGAUGCUGCUAAGGCUCUAGCCAUGGCAGUAGAAGACGUUUUUGGGAACCAUCAUAAUGGAACAUUAGGCUUCCACAAUAAGAACAAAAAUGCUUCAUCAACGGAUCUUGACUCAUUUGGGGUAUCUUUGAGUGGUUCUGAACUUCGUGAAGCCUUAUUAAGCAUAAGAUUUGAAGGGCUUGCAGGGAAUUUCAGUCUUGCUAAUGGGCAAUUGCAGUCUUCAACAUACCAAAUCAUCAAUGUUGUGAACGGUAGUGGAGAAAAUGGGAUUGGAUUUUGGAACCAUAAACAUGGCCUAUUAAGGAAUUUGACAUUAUUGAACACAACAACAGCAAGCACGACAUACAACACUUUCAAGGACAAUUUAGAUCCGAUUAUGUGGCCUGGGGGAUCAAAAUUAAAUAUUCCCAAAGGAUGGGAUAUUCCAAAAAACAAGACAAAAUUAAAAGUGGGUGUCCCAUUGAGAAAUGGUUUCAAAGAAUUCGUUAAUGUCUCAUAUUAUAAUCUUAGCAGUGACAAAAGUAAUGUCACUGGAUUUUGCAUAGAGAUAUUUAAAGCCGUAAUGGAAAUCUUACCCUACAAGAUUGAUUACGAGUUCAUUCCAUUUGUGAAUUCUUCUAGGGGAACUUAUGAUGAUUUGGUUUAUCAAGUUUAUCUUGGGAAUUUUGAUGCUGUGGUGGGAGACAUAACGAUCAGAGCAAACAGGUCAUUAUACGUUGAUUUCACGUUGCCAUAUACAGAAUCAGGGGUGCAAAUGAUAGUGCCAGUCAAAGACCAAAGGAGCAAGAAUGCUUGGGUUUUUUUGAAGCCUUUGACUUUGGAUCUUUGGGUAGCAAGUGCUAGCUUUUUCGUAUUCAUUGGGUUUGUGGUUUGGGCUCUUGAACACCGAAUAAACGAGGAUUUUCGAGGCCCCCCUUUGCACCAAAUUGGCACCAGUUUCUGGUUCUCCUUCUCAACCAUGGUCUUUGCACAUAGGGAGAGAGUGAUUAGCAACAUGGCAAGGUUCGUAAUAAUCAUAUGGGUGUUUGUGGUACUGAUUCUGACUCAAAGUUACACUGCAAGUCUAACAUCAUUUCUAACGGUCCAACAACUCCAACCAACCGUUACAAGCGUUACCCAACUACUACAGAACAAAGACAACGUUGGUUACCUAGAAGCCUCUUUUGUUUAUGGAAUCUUAAAGAAGCUAGGAUUUCACGAGUCUCAACUUAAGGUUUAUAAGUCUAAAAAAGAACUAGACGAAGCAUUUUCAAAACACACAACCUCAUCAUCACGUGACCAAGGUAUUGCAGCUGCAUUCGAUGAAAUUCCUUACAUGAAGCUUUUUCUUAGAGAAUAUUGCUCCAAAUACACCAUGGUCGGUCCAACAAUAAAAACAGACGGUUUUGGCUUUGUCUUUCCAAGAGGGUCUCCUCUAAUCCCAGAUGUUUCAAAGGCAAUACUAAAUAUAACAGAAGGAGAUACUCUUAAAAAGAUUGAAAAAAAAUGGUUUGAGUCACAAACCAACAAUUGUCCAGACCCAUAUAGCGUACAAGCCCUUUCUUCAAAACCAAGUAGUCUCGGGCUUGAAAGCUUUUGGGGACUAUUCCUUAUAGCUGGAGUUUCUUCAUUAGCAGCUCUUGCAAUACAUGGUGCAAUGUUUGUCUAUAGUCAAAGGCACGUGAUAUUGAGCUCUACACAACCUCAUCAUGAUGAUGAUGUUUCUUGGUCUUCAAUUUGGAAAAGAAUACGUCUAAUGUUUAGAAUAUUUGACCAAAAAGACUUGUCUUCUCAUACCUUUAAAAAGAGGCCACAUCAAGAAUCAGAGCCUUCUAGUUUUACUAUCCGAGGCAGUCCCAGUAGUAGUAGUAUUGUUCAACUUGGAGUUGAAGAUACUCUUGACCAAGAUGCCACUGCAAACGCCAACUCUCACCCUAGCCCCUCCACUAAUUCAAAUCACACAUAAUAAUUUUUACACUUUUUUUUUUCCUUUCUCAAUCUUGAUCAAGUACCAAAUAUAUUAUUUCUCAACUUGUAAGUUGUACCAAUGGAUCUUAGUUCUCAAAAUUUCUAGUAUUUUUGUA